UUCGUGAAAGUUAUUGGUUUCCCCAUCGAUCAACCUGAUAAACAAUAUGCACUCCACGUGCACGAAUCGAACGAUACAUCGAAGAGUUGCGACAGCUUGGGCGGUCACUACAACCCACACGGUCAUGAACACGGUUCAAAAGAAGCCCCUCAUGCUUCCCGCCAUGCUGGAGAUUGGGGAAAUAUUCAGGCUGAUGCUAAAGGUUUUGUGAAUAUAGAAUUUGACGACAGGGAAUCGAGCCUGGUAGGCACCCACUCACUCAUCGGAAAAUCCAUUGUGAUCCAUUCAAAAUCCGACAGCAAGGACGGCAGUGGAGAGCGAAUUGCAUGUUGUAUUAUCACCAAAGCCGACAAAGUCGCAGAUACCCGAGGGCAUCAUCAUAGAAAAGGCGAUGAUGAAGAUGAUGACGAAAUGAAUGAUGACGCUAUGUAAUGAAAGCUAAAGGUCUAAGUUUGUUUAGCAAUCUCACCACACCGCUAUAUCAGUAGACUUUCAUAAAAUAUUCUCUGUUCAAUCAAGGGGAAAUAUUUUUUUCUAUUUGUACGCAAUAUUUUCCUAUUGUACGGCAGAAUAAUUUGUGAAAGGAUAUCCGCAUGUGGUU